CCUUUAGUAAAGCACCAGAUGCAUCUCCGCUUGGCAUUCAUGAGGUAUUGGGAUAAGGCACAGAGAGACUAGCAUCCUGUCCAGGGGGUGUACUUGUACAUUAAGCUGCCUCACACUACAGAAACAGGAGAUGGACUCAUGCCCGAUGGAAGCAUGGAUGAUGUGACUCACAUGGUACACAGCUAAGGAGAGCUGUGACACUUGUCUGGACAGGAGCCUGUUGAUGGUGCAAUAUUCACAACGAAAUUGGCUUGAGCUUUGAUUGGUUCUCUCAAAUGUUAAUUUUUUUCUGGGGGGUUGAGACCUCUUUAUUUGAAAAUCCAACAGUUGUAUUAGAAGGGGGUAUGGCUUGGGUGUUUGGCACAGGAUAACCAAUCAGUAAAGCACAGCCCCCCAUCAUUAUAGAUACAUUGUGCCUACAAUAUCAAGGAGCCUUUAGACUCUGAAGGUGGGAAGACUUCAGAGUUUGGUGUCAAGCAGACUAGCCUUAUUGACCAUUCUGUCUCGGACAAGGCUUGCUAACUUAAGGCACCAGAACCCUUUGUUUUGAGGUUCUUAUUAUUUCCAAAUAUUUGAAUUACACACAAGGUUGGUGGCACUUUAAUUGGCGAGGACAGGCUUGUGGUAAUGGCUGGAGCGGAAUGGUAUCAAACAUGUCUUCCAGCCACCACUGUUGAAUUAUGAUAGGACUUACACACUGGUCAACGGAGGACCACACAGUUUGGUUGCAGCGGGCCACAGUUCUAGGGUUAAUCACACCACAAGAGGGCAACAUUUUCAAACUGAAAAUAUGUUCAGAAGCUGUUCAAUACCCCGUACUGGUAGUGACUAGUAAGUCUAGUCAAUUAGUAUAUUUUACUUUGGUUAUUUUCAAAUAAGUUGUAGUUUAUGACUCAAGAGCUUUAUAUUUUUGUUUAAACUUUUAAGAGCUAGGCUUGGUACUGCAUGCAGCAAAUCAACUUAAAAUAUUUGGUAUCAUGCCAGAGCAUUGUAAUGCAAAUGCACCAUCAUGUAUGGUUUGUUAGUUAUCAUCCAAUAUAUUUAAUCAAAUUUACUAACAGCCCCCUUCAGUAUUCAAAUCACAUGUAAAACAAAAGUGAAGAAUAAAAGGUGCAUGAUAAUACACCGUCUAAUGUUAGAGACAAUAAUUUCAAAUUAUUAGUCACUGAUUUAAAAUAAAUCUAACUAGGCAAGUCAGUUAAGAACAAAUUCUUAUUUACAACUAUGGCCUACCAAAAGCCCUCCUGCGGGGACGGGGCAUGGGAUAAUUUUUUUUUUUUUAAAUACAAUAUAAAUAUAGGACAAGAGACAACACUACAUAAAGAGAGACCUAAUGAUAAGGUCUUUAUUUAAGCUAUUUAGAGUGUAACCAAUUAGGGACAUUCAGCGAAAUAUGUUGUGUCAAUGCCCCUUUUGUAAUUGCAUUCCAAAUUUAACCUGAAACAUAUAAUGGUUAGCUACUUACCCAAAUGAUGUAAAUGUUUUAUUUGACUUGUUUAGUUUUGGGGGGCACGUCCCCCACCGUCGCGCACGCGCUCGGGACCAUGUGGGAAUGGCUGUUCGAUGAUCGGUGGGUUGGGCUGCUUUGAGCGAACGGAGCGUUAAAGAGUUUUUAAUGUCCGCCAUGUUGGCCAUGGCGUACUGAACCACCGAUAGACAGGGAAGCCUCUGAAAAAAAGACCGAAAUAGAGCGAUCAAGAUUCGGGCCUUCCCGGCUCCGUUCGCGACGCCCUAACUUUAAUCAGUCGAACCGUAGAUGUCAGAAUAACCGCACAGAAUCAUCCAUGAAAGCUCAACUUGAAACCGAUGUGAAUUUAAGGAGAUCGGAUAGAUUUAUGUUGCAUCUCGAAUUUUAAAAAAAUGAGUAAAUUGUCGUUUCGGGCACGGGCGCUGGACGCUUCCAAGCCACUACCCGUCUUCCGAUGUGAGGAUUUACCCGACCUGCACGAAUAUGCAUCUAUUAACCGGGCAGUGCCGCAAAUGCCGACGGGGAUGGAGAAAGAAGAGGAAUCGGAACACCAUCUCCAGAGAGCCAUGUCGGCCCAGUCAGUGUAUGGAGAGAAACACAACAUGGUCAUCCCCGUCCCGGAGGCAGACGGCAACAUCGCCUACUACGAGUCCCUCUACCCCGGGGAGUUCAAGAUGCCAAAGCAGCUUAUUCACAUACAGCCUUUCAGCCUGGACACGGAGCAGCCGGACUAUGACCUGGACACGGAGGAUGAGGCCUUUGUGAACAAGCUGAAGAAGAAGAUGGAGAUCACCUUCCUGCAGUUUGAGGAGAUGAUCGACCGACUGGAGAAAGGCAGUGGGCAGCAGGCGGUGAGCCUGCAGGAGGCCAAGCUGCUGCUGAAGGAGGAUGACGAGCUGAUCAAGGAGGUGUUUGACCACUGGACCAGGAAGAGGAAAAACAACAAGCACGGCACUCUGCACCCCACUGUGAAGCAGGAGAAGAGGGACGGAUCCAGCACCUCAGACCCCUACGUGGCCUUCCGCAGGAGGACGGAGAAGAUGCAGACCAGAAAGAACCGUAAGAACGAGGAAGCUGGUUAUGAGAAGAUGCUGAAGCUGCGGAGGGACCUGAGCCGAGCCGUCACCAUCCUGGAGAUGAUCAAGAGGAGAGAGAAGAGCAAGAGAGAGCUGCUGCACCUCACCCUGGAGAUCGUAGAGAAGAGGAACGGCAUGUCCGACUUUGGUGGUGAGAUCAUGGCUGAAGUGCUGGCCCAGCGUGCACUGGACAAGCCUGCCCAUAUUAUCCCUCUGGUGCCGCUGACCAACAGCAACCAGUACAGACAUCAGGACUACAUGGACCUCAAGGAGUACAAGCCGGAGAAGCCCAAGGUUGUCAGGCAGAAGAGGAAGUAUGAGAAGAAGCCUAAAGUCUUACCCCUGUCAGCUGCUGCCCUCCACUACUCUGGUCCCUCUGUGUUCAAUGCUAAGGACGUCCACCAGUAUGACUUCCCCAGCUCAGACGACGAGCUGCGCUCCCAGAUGCACUCAGGUUCCUCAGAAGCUGAGGAGGAGAACGACCCAGACGGUUCUUUUGCCUUCCGGAGGAAAGCAGGCUGUCAAUAUUAUGCUUCUCGGUUGGACCACGGGGGCAGCUGGCCGUGGGUCAGUCCGUCAGAGGGCGGCCUGGGAGACACUCGUUACCGCUACUGCCUCACCACCCUCACCGUGCCACCACGCUGCCUGGGCAUGGCGCGACGACGCCAGGGACGAGGGGGCAGGCUUUUGCUGGACAGGGCGCACACAGACUUUGACAAUGUAUUUCAUGGGCUGGACUCGGAAAUGCUUGACAUGCCGCCCCACUCUCCAGUCACAGACAAGUUUGCUAGUACCUCACAAACAAAUACCUCGGGCAGAACCUCUUCUUCUUAUUCAUCCUCUUCUGCGGACCUCAGUCAGAUACUGUUGAACAUUAAGUCGAGCCGAUGGCGGCACUUUAGGCCCCGGACACUACCACUACACGACGAGGACAACGUGGUCACAGACCCCUUGUUCAGGAGGCUGGGCAGGGGCCGGAGUCGCAUCACCUCUACCCUGGCUGGCACCACUGGCCCCCUGAGAGGAGCUGGUCCCCCGGCCCCCACAGCUGCUUUUACCACCCAACAAUACCAGCAGCAUCAGGAGCAGCUGGCCUUGAUGCAGAAACAGCAGCUGGAGCAGAUCCAACUGCAAGCCAACAGCACCACUACCACUACCAAUAGCACGCAGGUUUUGGUGUCCAAGACGUUAGAUUGUGCCAGUGCCCAGUUUGCUGCCUCUGCCCUGGUGACGACAGACCAGCUGCUGGCCUUGAAGACCAAGGAUGAGGGUGGACCGGGCAGCGGGGUCAACGGGGUCCUUCCACCCUCAGGUGUCUACAAGGGCUUUCACCUCACUAGCACAGCAUCCCCGUCGCCUGCAGCCCCCGCCUCCACCCCUAGCCCUCUGACCACCACUACCCCCUCCUUCCCCUUCCUGUUGCCCAGCAACAACGGCACCACCCACGCCAACUCCACCACCACUCAGGUCCUGAUGGGGAACAACAACAACCUCCGUCUGAGCAUGUCCUCCCCCGGGGGACUCCUCACCAAGCGCCACAUACCCCGGACGCUAAGCCACGCUCCCGUUGCCGUGUCAUCUGCCUUAAAGCUGGCUGCCACCGCUAACUGUCAAAUGCCUAAGGUCUCCACAAACACCCCGUCGAUGGACCUGGUGCCAAGGGAAAAUCAGGAUCAAGAAAAGCCAGCACUAAACAGCAUUUCGGACAACACAGUGGCUAUGGAGGUCACGUGACCUCGGAACACGGACGGGACUGUGGGCUCACCCGGGAACUCAUUUAGGUGCUAUGCAUCGUUGAGUUGUGAAUGCAAGGAAGGGGUAGUGGAAUGCGCACACAGCAUACAACGCUGUCUCCAUGGUGACGGUUGGGACUUAAUUGCAAUGGUCGUCUCGUACUUUUUUUCAUUUCCUAUUUGUUACUGUUGAUAAGAAAUAUCAACAUCUGUAAUUAUGAAUAUGGCAAUUAUAUGUACAGUACCAGAUAUUUGUAAUCCCCCCCUGUAUAUAAUGUUACUUGAAUACGAAAAUUGUUCAUUUGAUGUUUUGCACUUGGGAUAAAAAAAAAAAUUUAAAAGACAAACUGCAACUGGUUCGAGUGUGAGGUGGGUGUGAGUUGUACAACAGUGUCAUCACGUCAGUGCAUGGUGUGGAACCUGCUGUUUUAUCUAUUUAUUGUGCCGUGUUUACAGUUUUUUUCUUCUUUCUACGUUUUGUUAGUUUUUUUAAAUGUUUUUUUUUUUUGUUCACUGUACCCUCAUUGGUUCCCGUGCUGUAGUCUGGGUUUAGGUAGCUAUGAACUUCUCUGUAUUAUAUAUUCUAUAUAAUAUAGUGUGAACAUAACUAGGGGGUCCUCACAUUAAGAUUAAGAUUCCUGAUUGUUGGUUCGUUGUAUCAUGUGGAAACAAAUGGUGACAUGCAUUCAUACAGAGUUGGUGGGUGUGGAUUUAAGGCAUCGGUUUGUCAGUCAGAGGGUAAUCACUUAAGAUCUUCCAUUUUAAAUUGUUCAUGGGACAAAGUAACACAAUGGGAAUGAAGUCUGUUCCUAGAAGUCACUGCUGCUUCUGACUAAUCUAAGCACUAUUUUUGUUUCGAUGAAUGCUGCUUUUAUAUGAUUUAGGUCUCUGGUUUUUUUUCCACAUCAGUACCUUUUUUUUAAGACCCCUUCCCCAAUUAUUUUGUGAAAAAUGUAAUUAUUUUUGUAUCCCCCUUCCGUUUUUGAAUGUUCCUUAUUGAAAGACUUCAUUAUUUUGUUACUUGUUGAUGAAAUGCGAUCGGGUAGAGGAAUGUAGUAACAUCUUGAUUACAUGUAUCAUUCCAGUUUAUACAUAACAGAAGAAAACAUGUAUAAAAAGGCAGAUUUCUUUGCUUUUAGAAUAAUAAUUCUCCAGAACGCUGCGAGGCCAAGAUGAACCACAAGUAUCGGGUGCCUUCCUUUGGAAAUACGAGCUCUCUUCUGUGAAGAGUACGGUACUAAACAAGGCUACGAGUUAGUUGUUGUUGUACCACCAAUAUGAAUGCCCAUUCCAAUGGCAUAAUUGAUCAAUUUUUUUUUUUUAUCCACAAAAUGAAAAAUUAUCUUCUCACAAAAAAUAAAACCCAGGGCAUUAUGUGUUUGGACCAGCAUG